AUGGCUCCAGACACAGGUGUGGCUCCUGACACAAGUGUGGCUCCUGACACAAGUGUGGCUCCUGACACAAGUGUGGCUCCUGACACAGGUGUGGCUCCAGACACAGGUGUGGCUCCAGACACAGGUGUGGCUCCAGACACAGGUGUGGCUCCAGACACAGGUGUGGCUCCAGACACAGGUGUGGCUCCAGACACAGGUGUGGCUCCUGACACAGGUGUGGCUCCUGACACAGGUGUGACUCCAGACACAGGUGUGGCUCCUGACACAGGUGUGGCUCCAGACACAGGUGUGGCUCCAGACACAGGUGUGGCUCCUGACACAGGUGUGGCUCCAGACACAGGUGUGGCUCCAGACACAGGUGUGGCUCCUGACACAGGUGUGGCUCUAGACAAAGGUGUGGCUCCUGACACAGGUGUGGCUCCUGACACAGGUGUGGCUCCAGACACAGGUGUGGCUCCUGACACAGGUGUGGCUCCAGACACAGGUGUGGCUCCAGACACAGGUGUGGCUCCAGACACAGGUGUGGCUCCAGACACAGGUGUGGCUCCAGACACAGGUGUGGCUCCAGACACAGGUGUGGCUCCAGACACAGGCGUCGCUCCUAACACAGGUGUGGCUCCAGACACAGGUGUCGCUCCAGACACAGGUGUCGCUCCAGACACAGGUGUCGCUCCAGACACAGGUGUCGCUGUAACACUGUAA